GCGUGGUGCGCUGUACGUGCGGUCGUCGCGAGAGUGCCCGGGCACGUAGAGAUCCCGCCGGGACAUCGGGCCGGGUAUACGGUGCUAAAAGAGGGAAAAAAGGAGCCUGCUCCUCCUCCGCGAGCCGAGGGAGUGAGGGAGAGAGAAAGAGAGAGAGAGAGAAAGUGUAUGUGUGCGUGCGUGUGUGUGAGGCGGGGAGAUAGGUAGCGAAGGAGAGCGAGAACGGAUCGCGCGAGGAGACUCCGAGGGAGUGUCGUGCGUCGCGAAUCUCGUCCGCUCGGCAUCACCGCGCUGCUCUGAAGGCUCGGACGGUUAUCUCGUAUCCGCGUCGUUCGUGCGCAUUCUACUCGUGCUAGAUCUACGUCCACGUCGUCGUCCUCUUCGUUGUCUUCGACGCCGCUGUCGCGAAGCUGAGCAAUCCGCACGACGGAUCUUUUGGAAUGCUUUCGGGCUCUACCUGACACUACGUGGCCGUUUAGUUCAAGACGCUGAAAGAAAGACUAAAAACAUGGGAUGCAAUGCGGGCCGAUGCCUCGGUCCAGACGAUACGGGGUACCCUGGAUCAGGAUUCAUGGCAGCCAUCAGGAAGAAAUUGGUUAUCGUGGGUGACGGUGCUUGCGGAAAAACAUGUCUUCUCAUAGUAUUCAGCAAAGACCAAUUCCCUGAAGUAUAUGUACCCACGGUAUUCGAGAAUUAUGUUGCCGACAUCGAAGUGGAUGGUAAACAGGUGGAACUGGCUCUUUGGGACACAGCUGGACAAGAAGAUUAUGAUAGGUUGCGUCCGUUAUCGUAUCCGGACACGGACGUCAUCCUAAUGUGCUUCUCCAUCGACAGUCCCGAUUCCCUGGAGAACAUUCCCGAGAAGUGGACACCAGAAGUAAAGCACUUCUGUCCGAAUGUGCCCAUUAUCCUUGUGGGUAAUAAAAAAGACUUGCGUAAUGAUCCUAAUACCAUCAAGGAAUUGAGUAAAAUGAAACAAGAACCUGUUAAGCCCGAGGAAGGUAGAGCCAUGGCGGAAAAGAUCAACGCUUUCGCCUACCUUGAAUGUUCUGCUAAAAGCAAGGAAGGUGUAAGGGAAGUCUUUGAAACGGCAACCCGAGCUGCGUUACAAGUAAAGAAGAAGAAGAAGGGCAGAUGUAGGCUCCUUUAAGAUGUUUAUCCCAAGUAAACCCGAUGUAACACGGGCGAAAUAAUGGAAUUGCGGAACUAGCUGUAACAAAGCUAGUCGUAAUGCCGCAGAUCCCGCGGAAACCAUCUUUAAUUAUUUUACAUAAUAAAAUAUACACCAAUAAAAAAAUGAAAAAAGAUAAGGUGCAACCGCGUCAAACCAGAACAUUAUUAUUAAUAUUAUUAAUAUUAUAAUUAUUAUUAUAUGCAUUCUACAUUGUUUUUUUUGUUUUUUUUUUUUUUUUUUU